AGGCAUUUGUAAAGGAUGUGCAUGAAGAUUCUAUAACAGUUGCAUUUGAAAACAACUGGCAACCAGAAAGACAAAUACCAUUCCAUGAUGUGAGGUUUCCGCCACCUGCAGGCUAUAAUAAAGAUAUAAAUGAAAGCGAUGAAGUAGAGGUUUAUUCCAGGGCAAAUGAAAAAGAACCCUGCUGUUGGUGGUUGGCUAAAGUGAGAAUGAUAAAGGGUGAGUUCUAUGUAAUAGAAUAUGCAGCCUGUGAUGCUACGUACAACGAAAUCGUCACAAUUGAGCGUUUGAGAUCUGUGAACCCUAAUAAACCUGCAACAAAAGAUACUUUUCAUAAAAUCAAACUGGCAGUUCCAGAAGAUUUAAGGCAAAUGUGUGCCAAAGAAUCUGCACAUAAGGACUUCAAAAAGGCAGUUGGAGCUUUUUCUGUAACAUAUGAUUCUGAAAACCACCAGCUUAUUAUUUUGUCAAUCAAUGAUGUAACAACAAAGCGGGCAAAUAUGCUGAUCGAUAUGCACUUUCGAAGUCUUCGUACCAAGUUGUCCCUGAUACUGAGAAAUGAAGAAGCUAGCAAACAGCUGGAG